GAGACUUGUCGUUAUGCCUGAGCCUGCCAAGUCUGCCCCAGCGCCCAAGAAGGGCUCCAAGAAAGCAGUGACCAAGACUCAGAAGAAAGGAGACAAAAAGCGCAAGAAGAGCCGUAAGGAGAGCUACUCCAUCUACGUGUAUAAGGUGCUGAAGCAGGUGCACCCCGAUACGGGCAUCUCAUCUAAGGCCAUGGGCAUUAUGAACUCCUUCGUCAACGACAUCUUUGAGCGCAUUGCUGGUGAGGCCUCUCGCCUGGCGCACUACAACAAGCGUUCCACUAUCACCUCGCGGGAGAUCCAGACGGCCGUGCGGCUGCUGCUGCCCGGCGAAUUGGCCAAGCACGCUGUGUCCGAGGGCACCAAGGCUGUCACCAAGUACACCAGCUCUAAGUAGAGCAUUUCAGACCGUCAAUUUCAAC